GGCGGGGGAAACAGAAUUCUAUUUUCAUUGUCCGGCAAUUUCACCACUAAUUAACAUUCAGGUUUCUGAUUAGCUGGCAGCUAAUCCGUGAGAGUGGGCAAAGGUGAUGGUUCUUUUCCAACGAGUUGACUAAGAGUCGAAAGCUAGCUGAUAGUCAAUCAGCUGACGGGUCAGCCGCUUUGUGUCUCGCCUAGUUUCAAUUCUCAAUGAUAUUCUUGGAACAUAGUACAAUCAACAAAGAAAGAGAACAGCUAUUGGAAAUUCACUGCUCUGCGCUCUUGUUCUGUAUUUGUUGACAAAGUUAAGCGCAAAUAGACCGAUACAGAGAUCGCACACCUCUAAAACAACAAUGCUACAGAUAUCUGGACGAGAUAUAAAAGCAAGUUCUUUUUAUGUAAAUCAUGGCCAUAUAAAUUCACUCAGGCACACAGUUCACUAUGGAUCCACUCCAAGUUAAUCGCAGACGUGAGAAGAAUAAUCAUAAGCUAUUUAUGAAAGCCUGGAGAGGUUUAGCAAAUAUAGAAAUGGAGUUCGAAGUCAAGACUGAAAGCCACGCCCCGGAACAAUCUCAAGCUCUCACAGAAUUUCACUUAUUCCCCAAGCUUCCACUGCAGCUUAGACGAAUGAUCUGGGGGUUCACUGUUCUUCCACGCGUAAUUCAAUUAAGGAAUUGUAGACUGCCUGGGAGAAAUGGAUAUGACUAAUUUGAACCAUCAAUCCCACGACCCCUUUGCCCUCUUAAUAUUGUACCAUAUCAUAGCAUGCCUGCUACGUUCUGGACCUGUUUCGAGAGUAGAAACGAAGUCGCUAGGUAUUAUCAAAACAUCGCUUUUGUAUCUGAAGACGUCAAUCUUUACCCCUGGUAUUUGCCAGCAAGCUUCUUUGAGAAGUCUGAGCCCUCAAGCAUCUCUGAUUAUUACUGCAUAGAACAGGCGACCUUCAGCUUCAAGAAACUUCUCACGGAGUCGCCUUCGCGUCCUUUGGAACCAUCCGUCCCUUUCAAUCCAGAUGAAGACAUCUUCGAUUUCGAUGAGCUCUUAUACACCACCGCAGAUAGUAUGUUUCACCAACCGGAACGUAAUUUUCUUCUGUUCAAUACACCUUUUCCUUCAGAGGUGUUACCUUGGCGGCGUAUUACAUACAAUGAAGAAGUUGGGGCCCUGAUUAUCCGCCCUUGGGCUGUCAAGAGGGCUAGAAUAACACCCCAAUCAGCUUUCUGGUCGUGGCUUGUCAACGAUUUUAGGAAAGAUGACAUUUCUAGCAUGGAGCCUAUCAUUUUCAAGAACUUCAUUUUUCAAGACCUCGAUGAGUUCAUUAUUCAAGAUGUUGACUGCUUGCUAUACCACAAGUCUAGUUGGCAGGCGUAUCAAGAUGGCUGGAGGAAGUAUCUUCUCAAGAUGUUCAAAGUGGAGAGAUGUCAUAAUGAAUUUGCAGCUGUAAGGGGAGGUUUUACAUUCAAAAUUCCAAGAGUUGUAAUUUUGCCUGGUGCCAUAAGUGCAACAGUUUGCAAUAAUUGUCUUGAGUCACAGUCUGUUUACCGCCACAACUGGCAGUGGCUUAAGUCCAAGAAAUAUAACGACAAGAAGUUGAGAAUCCUGGCAGGUGGUAAGUUUUGAAAUAUAUAGGAUCCACCUGACUACUCAUGUGCUGGGUCAUCCAGCUUCAGACAAUGAACCCCUGGCAUGACCGGUGUAUAUUCCUUCGCUAAUCACAAACGACUAAUGAAUUAUCAAUGUUUCCCGAAUCUAAGAGUCAUGUUUCCAUCUUAGUAAAAAAAUAAUUGGAGUGCUAUCUUCAAAGUGGCCUCAACUAAACCCGCGCAUGUCUUCAUUCUUUUUGCUUGGCAACUACUAUCAUUUAAGAAUUGACAAUCUCUACAAUUCUUGACAUUGUAAUUUUACCUCCGUAAGUGGUUAAAUGGCAUGUUCACCACGUCAUCUUUUUCCUUCUCCGCUGUGACUUGAAUCCUCUCUGAAAGUA